CCACCCCGCCCGCAGCCAUGCGUACUGAGCUUGUUAUCGGGUCGCUUGUUAUGACUGGAGAAGGCCUCGGACUCAAUUAAAAUUUAUCCCCGGGACAGCCGCAUGCUCAUGGAGGGCAUGGACAUAGACCUGGAUCCGGAGCUCAUGCAAAAAUUCAGCUGCAUGGGCACCACGGAUAAAGAUGUCCUCAUCUCGGAGUUCCAGAGGCUGCUGGGCUUUCAGCUGAACCCGGCUGGCUGCGCCUUCUUCCUGGACAUGACCAACUGGAACCUGCAAGCAGCUAUUGGAGCGUAUUAUGACUUUGAGAGUCCAAACAUCAACACGCCGUCAAUGUCUUUUGUGGAAGAUGUGACGAUUGGAGAGGGGGAGUCUGUUCCCCCCGACACACAGUUCACAAAGACGUGGAGGAUACAGAACACGGGUGCAGAGUCGUGGCCCCCGGGUGUGUGUCUGAAGUAUGUUGGCGGGGAUCAGUUUGGUCAUGUGAACAUGGUGAUGGUGCGGUCCCUGGACCCACAGGAGAUCUCAGACGUGAGCGUGCAGAUGCGCAGUCCAGCUGUUCCUGGCAUGUACCAGGGCCAGUGGAGAAUGUGCACUGCCACUGGACUCUUCUACGGAGAUGUGAUCUGGGUGAUCCUGAGUGUGGAAGAGGGAGGCCUGCUGGGCGUCACACAGCAGUUAUCCUCCUUCGAGACAGAGUUCAACACGCAGCCACACCGCAGUCUGGAGGGAGACUUCAACCCUUUCGCCUCACCACAGAAGAACAAGCAGGACACCAAUGAGGAUCAUCUAAAAGACCCCGGGGGCCACUGGGAGGCCCCUCUGGACUCCAUUCAGCAAGAUCAAAAUGGACUCAAUCACAGCUCUGUAAAUAUUACACCAAAUGGUCUCCAAAACAACUUUUCAGUAGUGACUUACAGCCAGGGCAUUAAUGGACCCUUCCCGUUCGGACAGUCUUAAGAUACAGAAACCACCCGGUAGCUCAUCAGAGCUGCUGCUUUUGCCCUUUUCUAGGGUUCAGUGAGAGGAGGAAGAGAUUUACUCUAAAGACUUGGUGACCCUCCCUCUCCCCCGACGCAUCACAACAUCACAUAAACGUGUGGACAAAUCUGUUUGGCUCCAAAUCAAUAUUGAACCAACACCUGAGUUACGCAUGUGUGAAUGCUAGAUUUAGAUGAGUGCUAGAAAUUCUAAAGAGAUAUAAUGAAAAAUACACCAUUUUUUGAUCCGUAUUGUCACAUUACAGCAGGAAAUUCAGAUGCGUGAGUGAGUGCACAAAUACACAAGAGAAACAGAGGCAAGACCAGUAGAUGUACGAGAACAUGUCUGAGUCAUGUUUCACACCAAAAUCAAUAGGAAAGCAUAAGAAAUGUAUGUUUUGCGUAAAGAAAAUAUAGCAUGUUUUUAGGACUUUUAAGAUAUAUUUUGCCUCAUGGCACAUUUUUCCUCUUAAUGUUUUUAUUUUUUUUUUUUUUUUUUUUUUAUUGGUUAUUCCAAUUAUUCUCACAUUGUUUACAUUUUUGUAUAAAAUUUUACAAUUGCACUAAUUUUUUUAUAAGCUUAAUUUAAAUGCACCCAAUUAAUGUAUGGCAAAAAAAUGUAUUAUUUUUGCAUUGCAUCAAAUGAUUAAUGACCAUGAAAAUGUCACAACGAAGAAAAUCUUCGUCCUAAAAACAGGCUUACUUUUCUUUAAGCAAAGUAUAAUUUUUCCUUUCUUCCUUUUGGUUUUGCGGUGAAAUAUGACUGGGGUUUAUUCUUGACAGGAUUUGUGGUAGUCACCUCAAUAUGUGUGCAACUGAGUGUUUCAGCCAUGCACAAAAGCCAUCAACAAAGAAUUAAUGCCUGUCAAGUAGUUUUAUAAUUUUUCAUCUAUGUUCUCGGACUUUUUCUUUGUAAACUGAACCGUUUUGAGAAAAAAGGUCAGUGUGCCUACUUGGAGGUUAAAUGGUGUAAUUGCUUUCAUAUGGUCCUUUGCCAGCCACUUGUAAUUGUUUAUUACAAAACUGUUCUCUGGAUUCAGUUAAAAAGAAAAAAAGCCCAGCAACCUGUACAGCGUACAUGAGCACAUUAUGUCUCAUCAUAUUGAAGUAUACAUCUGUACUGCCACCACAGGUCGAGUCAUAGCCGUCGUCAGAGAUCUUGUUGCUGUUAUCAUAUUUGUUUACAUUGAUGUUGUUCUGGAGUUCCAGAGUGCUGAUGUUGGUUUUCCACUCGUAAUGACUCAGUCCAUCAGAGAUGAUAGCAAGCAGAUGUGGCUUUGGUUCCCUUGUUUACUGACCUAAAAGUUCACAAGCACGUCACUGAUAGAUUUUCCAAAUCAUACAUUUUUGUCAUUCACCUAGACCUACGAUGGUAUUAAGCUGUUUUAAAUGAGCUGAGGGUGUUUUAAUGAGGGGAACGUGUGAGAAUGAGUUAAUUUUAGAGGAAUAUUUAGUCGAUGCAAGUGGAUGUCAUCUGUGACAGAAAAUAAUUUGGAUUUGUACCUCUCUACCUGAAAAUGCAUCGAUAUGUAUGUGCCUACAGUUGAAGUCUGUGGCAAGUGCACUACUUCCAUUGUAAAGGCAUUUCCCUACACACUUUUUUUUUUUUCUUUUAACUUAAUGAGAAACCAGUUGUUUUCUGUGGUAGCAUUUGCAUUUAGCUAAAAAUAUCCUUUUUAAUUUGUAUUCUUGAGUUGUUGCUAAACGUUGAAAUGGCAGAUUUCAAGCUGGAACGCUCCAAAUAAUAUUUUAAUGCAUAAAGGAGUUUUGUGGAAUUGAUUUGGUUUAAAUCGUGCCUCUGUGUUUGGUAUGAUGGAAAGCCUCUUGGAUGUUUAUAUCUUGCUAAAUAUAUCUGAAAUGCUGUUUUACUCACCAUUUUCUGUUUUGCUGCAAUGGUUAGGCAAUUUAUAAGACAUAAACAAAAAGCGUUAACAAGUCUCCUAUAAUGUUUUUCUCUAUGGGUCUAUUUACUGAGAUAAACGUUAGGUCAUGAAGAUGAAAGCGUUUAAACAAAUUAGCUGCUAUCCUCAAGCAGUAUGCAAAUCAAGGAGCCCAAAUUGACCUUCAUGUCAAGGCAAUAGAGAUUAGUGUCAUCAUGUCUUGUUAAAUUUAACACGUCAGGCAAUUCUGUCUGUUUCCCCCAGUUCUAUGCACCUGGAAAAUUUCGCCAUUAACGAUACCAACAUUGCGUCCAGUGUUUUAGAAAUGCUGUGGCUUCAGUUUUACAUUGCAAAUGAUCUAUGCAGUGUUUUAAGGGACAGUCCCUUCCAUAUUCCAAAAAGUUGCACUCACAGUUGAAGCAUAAAAGAAGUUAAUGUUCUGACACUGGUCGCCGUUUUAUGUUGCAGUUAGGACAGAAGUAAACUGACAUUUCGCCUAGUGCUCGGCCCAUAAACAGCUCAUUGGAUGAUGCCAUCUCUUCAUCAGUCAGGUCUUCCUUUGAGCUGUUCUUAGUGAAUGUCCUCAUCCCAAGCGCUGCACACCUCACAGCCUCCUUCUGAUUUAUAAUUACACUGUUGUUUUUUUUUGUUUGUUUGUUUUGUUUUUUGGUGUUGCUUAUGCAUGUGAGAAGUGUGAUUGAUUCAUUAUUGAAUUAUUGUCUUUUUUUUCCUGAUUUCUUUCUUUUUUUUCUGUUAGAUGUGAUAGGUUUUUCUGCACCGUGUCCUGGUGUAUGAUUGAGUGGAGAGUUUGCAUAGAGUCCUAUGAUAGCACAGUGAAAAAGAGAAAAUAUGAAAAGCCUUUUCCUGUAUGUAUAAUUGAACAUUUGUAUGAUUAAAUUAACACUGAAACAAA